AUGUCAACAAAUUUCCGCGACCGGGCCAUCGCCGAGGUCCAGAAAGCUAUUGCUGCUGACCAUGCCAAGGAAUAUCAGAAGGCGUUCGAUCUCUACAUGUCCAGCAUGGAGUUAUGGGUCAAGGCCCUGAAGUGGGAGAAGAACAAGGCUCUCAAGGCAACCAUGCAAGAGAAGAUGGCGACGUAUCUCGAUCGUGCCGAAAAGCUCAAACAAUUCCUACAGUCCGAGGCCGACACCAACGCCAACGGCGGGAAAGCUCUCAUGGGUGCAAAUGGCGCAAGCACAGGCAAAGGUAAAGGUGCUCCCGAGGACGACGACAGCAAAAAGCUCAGGAAUGCCUUGUCCGGGGCCAUUUUGCAAGAAAGACCAAAUGUUCGGUGGGAGGAUAUUGCUGGUCUAGAAGGGGCCAAGGAAACUCUCAAGGAAGCUGUUGUGUUACCCAUCAAAUUUCCCAGCUUGUUCCAGGGCAAACGUCAAGCGUGGAAGGGUAUUUUGCUUUACGGUCCCCCGGGUACUGGAAAAAGUUAUCUUGCCAAGGCCGUUGCAACGGAAGCCAACAGUACAUUCUUCAGCAUCAGCAGUUCAGACUUGGUGAGCAAAUGGAUGGGUGAAAGUGAAAGACUUGUAAAGGCUCUCUUCUCCAUGGCAAGAGAGAACAAGCCGUCGGUCAUUUUCAUUGACGAAAUUGACGCUCUUUGCGGUCCACGUGGUGAGGGAGAAUCCGAAGCUUCUCGACGCAUCAAGACCGAGAUCCUCGUCCAAAUGGAUGGUGUUGGCAAUGACAGCAAGGGUAUUCUUGUCCUCGGCGCAACCAAUAUUCCCUGGCAACUUGACGCAGCCAUUCGUCGACGAUUCCAAAGACGAGUGCACAUUGGCCUCCCAGACCUCAAUGGUAGAGCAAGAAUGUUCAAGCUUGCCGUUGGUGAUACCGACACUGCUUUGCAAGCUGGCGAUUACAAUACGCUUGCCAAUACAUCGGAUGGGUUUUCCGGAAGCGAUAUUGCCAAUGUGGUGCAACAUGCUCUUAUGCGCCCUGUUCGCAAGAUUUUGCAAGCUACGCAUUUCAAACCUGUCAUGAAAGACGGAAAGAGGAUGUUGACGCCAUGCUCUCCAGGUGACCCUGAGAAGAUCGAAAUGACAUACGACGGCGUCAAUUCAGACGAGCUCUUGGCGCCCGACGUCUCGCUGAAGGACUUUGAGAUGGCUUUAGAGGAUUCGCACCCUACAGUAUCUAAAGAGGACAUUGAGAAGCAAAUCGACUGGACCAAUGAGUUUGGAAGUGAAGGUGCCUAG